CAGGAAGUGCAUGGGUGUGUUUCCGAGGGGAGGGUCUUAAGCUACAUCGACGAACUUCCCUGAAGACACCGACAGCAUAGGCACGUACGCAGGAUGGAGCUCCGACCGCUUGUCAUGUGCUUUGCUCUCUGCGUGGUUUACGCCACCAGCAAACCCACAGAGAAGAAGGACCGUGUUCACCACGAUGACCCCCUCAGCAACCGAGAGCACAACGAUAUGGAGAACUUUGACUAUGACCAUGAAGCCUUUCUGGGACAAGAGGAGGCCAAGACCUUUGACCAGCUCACACCAGAGGAGAGCAAGGAGAGGCUCGGCAUGUUGGUUGAACGUAUCGAUGAGGAUAAGGACGGCUUUGUGACAGUUGACGAGAUGAAAAGGUGGAUCAAGCACGCUCAGAAGAGGUGGAUCUACGAUGAUGUGGAUCGACAGUGGAAAAGUCAUGACCUCAAUGGGGAUGGAGUGGUGUCCUGGGAAGAGUACAAGAACGCCACAUACGGUUACAUUCUUGAUGAUCCCGACCCUGAUGAUGGCUUCAGCUACAGACAGAUGAUGAAUCGUGAUGAGAGGAGAUUCAAAAUGGCCGACCAAGACCAUGACAUGAAAGCCAACAAGGAGGAGUUUACAGCCUUCCUUCACCCCGAGGAGUACGACCACAUGAAAGACAUUGUAGUGCUGGAAACCAUGGAAGACAUCGACAAGAAUGGAGAUGGUUUAAUAGAUUUAGAUGAGUACAUAGGUGACAUGUACAACCAGGAGGGAGACGCCACAGAACCUGAGUGGGUGAAGACAGAGAGGGAACAGUUCACUGAAUUCAGAGACAAAAACAAAGACGGAAAGAUGGACAAGGAGGAGACCAGAGACUGGAUCCUGCCCAGUGACUACGACCAUGCUGAGGCCGAGGCCAAGCAUCUGGUCUAUGAGUCAGAUUCUGACAAAGAUGGCCGUCUGACCAAAGCUGAAAUCGUGGAUAAGUACGACCUGUUCGUGGGCAGCCAGGCAACCGACUUUGGAGAGGCUCUGACCCGACACGACGAGUUCUAGCAUCCACCUGCCUCCCAAAGACUCUGUGUGUUCAUCUUGUGUACCACCUUACUCCUCCGACAGCAGACGGAGUAUUUCAGACAAGAUAAACUCGCCUAAUCCAAUGCCACGGACAAUAAUUUAUUUGAUCUGUUGAAUGUGUCCCAUUGCACACACACUAACAUCACACACUAACAGUGUGUCCUCAUGCUCAGUUGUGUCUAAGAGUGGGAUAUAUAUCGCCAGCCUUUGCUCUGCUUCCACACACUACUCUUCCCUUUUGCAGGUCAGGCGAAGAACAAACAGUGUUAGAUGACAAUUUUUUCUUUCUUUGAAAGAAUGAAUUCGUGUAAUAGCCAUGUUUUGUUAUAAAACCUUAAUAGAACAAGUUUAGGUUUGCAGUACACAGUAUAGUUGAUCUAUUAUCUUUUGUUUUUGCAAUGCACUGGACUGUGAAGAGUAAAGCUGAUUUCUAGCCAGUAGAAUUUGUUCUACUCCUCUGCCAAUCAUGUAAUCGGGCCCAUACUGAAAACACGAAUCGCUGAUUCACUUGUACUCUGUUCCCAUGUCUUUAUUAAUCAUAAUGCGGUUAUGCUGGAGUGUAGGAUGUUUGGACGAAGAGUAAAUAUUAAAUUCCAGUGACGAUGAAGACUAUUUGUACUAGUGCAAUACAGUAUCAUCAGUGGGUCUGCGCUGUGUUUGCUAGACUGGUCCCCAAAGCAUCCGUGUUAACACAAGCUCUGCGUCCUACAUGAGGGCGGGCUGUGUGUUAGUUGAAGGAUUCAAGAAUUUGUGAUUUAGGGACUGAUGGAUGCUUUGUCUUCGAAGCUGCCUCCUUGCUUCUUUCUCAUCACCUCAGUAGUGUGUUUGUGUGUGCGUGUGUGUGAAUCUGUGUGUACAUAUAUUACUUGUAUACUUGAUGACUGAUUUGCCCUUCUUUGAUGUCAUGUUUUUUGUUUUGUUGGAUUCAGCUGAACUAAUUUGUGUGCCAA